AUGUUGGACCCCAUCGUGUACAAGAACAACAACCUUCUCCAGCGUCAACGUCUCUUGCAGGCUGACCCUCGCCCUGUGUACCAGCGUAUGCCCCGCUCAGGCCUCUACAUGGGUAUUUUCCAGUUUGUGUUCUGGACUGGCCUGCUUGGAACAAGCAUCGGUUUCUACAACAUGGCUAUGGGCAACAAGCGCCAGUAA